AUGCCGAACACAGGCCAAAGAACUUUGGAUAACUGGGCAUCACCCAGUAGAGGCCACCACACACAGCACACUUCCAGCUCAGGACAGACAGGAUCCAUGCCGGGCAAAAGACCGAGAGAUGGGCAGACUUUUGACCAGAGGGCGAAUCUUGCAGCGGUAGCGAGAGAGACAAAAGCCAAGUUGCCCGACAUUCUGAAGGAGCUCCCCAACAUACAAGCAGCGAAAUCUGAAGCCCUGUAUCUGAACUCACUACCACCACUCCAAGCGUCCGAUUGUCCCCGACGCACCCCCAGCGGGAAAACCAUGAUCAAAAUAGUCAACGACGACUCUUUCAAUGCUGCCAUCGACCUUGCCGCCUCCAAAUACCCUGCAUCACCCGGGCGUGUUGCCGUGCUCAACAUGGCCAGCCACGCAAACCCAGGCGGAGGUUGGCUGAAGGGGGCCAAAGCUCAAGAGGAAGCACUGUGCUACCGGAGCUCUCUUUCUCUUUCCCUAGAUAGGCGCCACUAUCCGUUCAAGCAACUCAUGGGCCUGUACUCGCCUGAUGUUGUGGUCAUUCGGUCAGACAUGGCAUCUGGACAUAAGCUACUGAUGCCCGGUUUCUUGGUAGAGGAUCUUCCCGUGGUAAGCGUGCUCAGCAUCGCCGCCCUACGAUGCCCCAAAACAAACCGCGUUCGAUUCAACACACCCGAUGGUCAAGUCCAUGAAAAGCUGGUCUACGCGAACCCGUCAGACCGAGGCUUGACCAAAGCAAAGAUGAGACUCUGCCUCAGAAUGGCUGCGCAGAGAAAUCACGGUCUACUUGUACUUGGGGCCCUUGGCUGUGGCGCAUUCAAAAAUCCAAAGGAAGAGGUUGCGCAGUGUUGGCUUGAGGUUUUGCGCGAGCAGGAGUUCCAGGGAGGUUGGUGGGAGGAGAUAUGGUUUGCCGUUUUUGAUACCCGCCGAGAGGGGAACUUUGAGGUGUUUGAGGAUAUCUUGGGGGGCCAAGAAGUGUAG